AAAAUUUUUCUUUCAAGAGAUUUUCCGUGAUUACUUUUUCUCGAGAGUUUUUACCAAAUUUUUGGUGAAAAAUAUUGAAAAGAAUCUACGACAAAGGGCAGAAAAACUCUUCUAAAUAUUAUGGAAAUAUUAUUGGAUGAAGUGGAAUCCCUGGAAGCAAUUCUCAUGGAUGACGUGACCAUUGUGAGGCAUCCAGAAAGUGGCUUCCCGGAGGUGAUAGAGACAACUGUACUGCCAACAGUGGGUGGAGAUGUGGAUCGGCAGUACGUCUGCGUGACACUCCAAGUGAUGCCAACUGAGGGUUAUCCGGACACGAAGCCCCAGUUCAAACUGCGAAAUCCACGUGGACUCUCCGAUAGUAGUAUCAAUGCCAUCGAGGAGGCGAUGCGCAAGAAACUAGAUGAAUGCCUCGGGCAGCCGGUGGUGUUUGACCUAAUUGAGAUAAUUCGGGAACAUCUGACUGAUAGCAAUUUACCAUCUGGGCAGUGUGUUGUGUGCUUGUUUGGCUUUCAGGAGGGGGAUGAAUUCACGAAAACACCGUGUUAUCACUAUCUCCACAGCUACUGUCUAGCACGGCACUUGAGUGCGUCGCGUCGCAACUACCAAGAGGAGUACGAUAAGCUGCCGGGGUGGCAGAAGAAGCAGGCGAAACCCUAUCAGGCCACCUGCCCUGUCUGCCGUGAGUCAAUUAGUGAUGACGUCGAGGAGCCGCUGGGCUGUGCUCAGCCCCCCAUGGAGCUUGAGAAUGCUCCACACUUCCAGCUGACAGAUGAGAUACGGGAGUUGCAGGCGAAGAUGGCUGAAUUGUUCCUGCGUCAGAAGAUCCGUGGAGGGAUCAUUGACGUGGACGCCGAUGAGGGGAAUGUAAUUUCCAUUGAUAACGACGACGAAGGCACCGAGGGGCACAAAACUUCCGACACCAGCCCCGAUGAGCCACCAGCUGAGCAACCACAAACCCCAACGCGUAGGGGUCAGCAGAACUACCCACAUCAACGUGGGAUCACCCGCAGUAGUCAUCAGCGGACGCAUCACGGUGGGAAUCAUCACAGCUAUCGACGCAACAAUAGGAACCGACGCGCAGGACCUGGUAGAGAUCAACCCUGUGGCUCACAUCCUAGAUGACAUUGGCUCUCAAACCUCAUCUGCGAAGGGCAAAUCUGCUCAUAGAUUCCCCUGACCCUUCGCCUUUGUCUAUCUGGAAUAUUUCCUGAUUAUAAUCUUAUGGUCUUGUGACGACACACACGAGGGCAUCACAUCUGUCUCCCUUUGUCUCUUGAGGACAACCACUCCUCCUCUCCAAAUUCAUUUCCCAGCUCAAUCGAUUUAGGAAUCCUAUUUAAUUUCUCAACAAAAACCAAAAAUAUGUUCAUAGAUUUUAUGUAACUCAAUCUCUCUUUCUAGAUAUACAUAAUAUUCCUAGAUAGACAAUCUUAAAUGAGAAUUAAAUAUACAUUCCUAGUCAGCAAAAAAAGUGUACAUUGUGUUAAAAUUAAGAUAUUAAUGGCAAAAUGUAUGAUUUUAUUUUACAAAAUAUUUAUUUUUUCAUAUUUUU